CGGCCGCGGCGGCCCCCGCUGGGCGCGCCGAGGGCGAGCGCCUGGCCGCGGCGCGGGAGCGCCCCGGGCGAGCGCCAGGUGAGGCGAAGGUCGUGGAGAGCACAGAUUUCGCGUCAUCGACGGCGGUAAGGAAACGACGCGGGGCGGACAGGCCAAAGUACCGAGUGGGACAGGUGUUGCGGGACAAGGUGUUGCUGACCCGUGGGGUCGUAGUGGGCUGGGACGAGACAUGCCACGCACCAGAGUGGUGGCGCGUGAGGCGCUUGGCCCAGCAGGAGAAGCCAAGAUGCCGCAUUAUCUUUUGCUUGCAGACCACAGGGACCUGAGCGAGGAGCUGGAGAGCAUGGGAGCAAACAGCACAGCAAACCUCACUUUCUACGCGCCAGAGGUGGCGCUGGAGCCAGGCGCGACUCCACUGGUAAGUCCGCUGAUGCCCAGAUACUUCCACUUCCUAGACAGCUCGCAGGAUAUGUACGUGCCUCGUCCCGACUUGGCGCGCCUAUACCCAGACGACGUGGGAUCGCACUACAGAGACCAUGCCAGCAAGGAGGAGCUCCCAGAGACCGACGCGAAAGGGCAGCCACUGCUGCGGGUGGUGCAAGAUGGCAGGCUCAUCGCACAUGGCCGACCAGUUCCUGUGCUGCGAAAGGGGAUGUUCUUGGUCGCCACCGAGGGCAUUCAGGACCAGAUGUUCGGGCAGUCUGUUAUCUUGCUGCUGAACCACAGCGACUACGAGGGCACGCUGGGUGUCAUAGUCAACAAGCCGAUAGAGGAAGCCGUGAAGAAGCAGACGCUGAGGCACGCGCAAUCCAACUUGGACGCGUGGAGGAGCAUGGGCAGGGAUUAUGGGCGGGCAGAGGCGCUGCUGGCGCUGCUGCGAGUGCCCGGCGUGGACCUGCGGAUGGGCGGCCCAGUCGGCAUGAUGGAGUUCCCGCUGGGCACGGCGCACGUGGUCCUGCACCCCUUCCCCGACGUAAGGGCGCCCAGCUCGCCCUGGCGGGCUCCGGCUCCGGCGCCGACCAGAUAUGAUGUCCCAACCUACUUACGCCUUGACCACCAGCAAGAACUUCCAGCACCAAGGAAGUACCGAAACGGGAGGACCUCUUCGCGAGCCAGCUCGGGAGCAUCAGCGAAGCCGGCCUCGCCGACCUCGCGAGGCGCGCCGGGCGGCUGGAGGGCUCCGGCGGGUCCGGCGGCGCGCGCCGCGUCGUCGUGUUCGCGGGCGCCAGCGGGUGGGGCCCCAGGCCUGUGAGGUUCCAACCUGCCCACCCUGACUCCAGAUCCGCCCUACUUUGGCUUUUUC